AUGGCGACUAACUCGAAAACGCGUCCUAACUCUUUGACAUCAUCAAAUGCAUUUUCUUCUCCUCGAAAAUCGGCAAAUGACGUAGAUGAUCUUUCUCUCGAUAGCAAUUCUAGCAACAGCAGUAUCUCGUUACCAUCUUCUAUUACGGUGACACCUCGACCGACCGUGAAAGCUAAGCGUAGUUUGGUUUGGCGAUAUUUCCGAACGAUUAAUGAGAAAUCGUUCGAUGUCGAAUGUAUUUUAUGCUCAACAAAAGUUCCUCGGAAAUCGACGUCAACUUCAAAUAUGCUGCAUCAUGUGCAAACCCGUCACGAAAACGAAUAUCAAGUGGUGAACAAGGCGAUGCGAUCAAAAGCUGCCGAUGCGCCACAACGAUUGCCAUUAUCUAGUGAACGAUCAGCUCACUUAACUCGAUUAGCUGCGAAUUUAAUUAUCUCAACUCUGCUGCCUUUGUCUUUGGUAGAAAAUCCACAAUUACAACUGAUCUUUCAAGAAGCUGAACCUUCUUACAUUUUGCCAAAGAGAAAAUAUUUUAUUGGCAAUGUUUUAAAUCAAAUGUACGAUGAAACUCGAAAUAGAGUUCAGAAUGAACUUAACUGUGCGAUCAGUGUUUGCCUGACAACAGAUAUCUGGACGUCUCAGUCAAAUGAAGCUUACAUGACUGUUACUGUUCACUUCAUCGAUACAUCAAACAGCAAGUUGAAGUCGUUUGUUCUGGAAACCACAGAAUUCUCAGGAAAUCACACAGCUCAACGAAUAGUUGAAAGACUUGAAAACAUAUGCAUCGAUUGGUCGAUUCUUGAUAAAGUUGUUUGCCUUGUCUCAGACACGUGUAAUGUUAUGAGAAAAGUGGGAAAUGAUUUUGCCAAAGGAUGGUUUGGAUGCACAGAUCAUCUUCUCAAUUUAUGCGUCAAUGACGUGAUUCGAAAAAGAGACGAUGUGAAAAACGUCUUGUCGACAGUUCGACACAUUGUUUCCUUUGUACGCAACAGUCAUCUAGCUUAUGAAACACUCAAUAAAUAUCAACGAUCGUUAGGUGUAAAUGAACGUCAUUUGAUUUACGAUGUAUCGACCAGAUGGAACAGCACAUAUUAUAUGCUUCAACGAUUCAUCGAUGAGAAACUCUCAAUUUCAGCUUGUCUGAAUGAAAAAGCGUUCCAGAAAAAUUUAAGUACAGCAAAAAUCUCAAGAAAUAUCGAUUGGGAUUUACAAGAACAAUUGAUGAUAGUUCUUGAACCGUUCGAAGCCGCUACGCGAAAAUUAUCAGUGGAAUUCUGCCCCAGUAUUUCACUCGUUCUACCAGUUAUCACAACUCUAAUCACAAGUCUCGAGAAUCGGACCAGUGAUUCUUUAAUAAUCAAACAAAUCAAGAAUACUUUACGGUGUUCCAUUGAAGAACGGUUUGAAAAAUUGUUCGAAGACAAAAACGUGCUGUUAGCCACAGUGCUCGAUCCUCGUUGGAAAAAUUUUAGUUUCUUACAAAGCUCAUCUUAUCAACAGCACGUCGACACUCACACUUGCUUGACAAAAAUGUCUGCGUUUGACGCUAAACUUUUGUCAUACAUUUAUCUGCAUGAUGAAUAUGUUGCCGAUCUGGCAUCACAUCCGAAAUCAUCUGAUUGGGAUGGUGAAACAGACACAUCCUUCCAAAAUAAUUCAGAUUUCUUCGAUUUGAUGGUGAUCAAUCAACAACCUACGUCUAAUAGCAAUUCUGAUCCGGAGUUCGUUACAUAUGAAAACGAGAGAGAAAUCGGUCGCAACGAAAACCCACUUGAAUGGUGGCGUCUAAACAGAUCAAAAUAUCCACGAAUAACAAAAAUGGCAUACAAAUAUUUGUGUAUAGCAGCGACCAGUGCGCCAUCAGAACGAAUGUUUUCUUCGUCUGGACAUCUGACUUCUGACAAACGAUCCAGACUGACGCCGGACAAUGCAAAUCUUUUGUUAUUUUUGAACAAAAAUAGCUAA